AGACAGUCGCGUUGAAACGGCGCCCGAUGUCAGACGCGUGAACAGUGUGGUCGGAUAAUCUGACAUGCCGCAAGCUCGCGAUAUUAAACAUAUCACGCAUAAGAGUGACAACAAAUAUGAAGAAACUGCCAACAUCAGAGUUAAUCCAAAAAUCUUUGGUUAAUACGCGAUUAUAAUCGAUCAUUCUGAGAAUUGUGCGUAUUUCCGAAAUAAAAGCAGCUGAGAGAAGAGGACUCACGGACAGUAAUCCAAGAAGCCGCCAUGGAUUCGCAUAGAAAUGAUGACAUCGACCGGAUCAAGAACUCGAUGAACGAAAAAUUGAAAUCAGAAUCCGAUCGCUGUAAUCAUGGAAAUAAAUUGGGAACAGAUUGGUGCCCCGAAAUUUGGGACACGAUACUAUGUUGGAACUCGACAGCACCAGGACAGUUGGCGAUUCAGCACUGUCCCUCUUACAUCAUGGGUUUCGAACCUCAUGCAUAUGCAUCGAAGCAAUGCAUGCCAAAUGGCCAAUGGUAUGUAAAUGCUGCUAAUAUGAUAUGGAGUAAUUAUAGCCAGUGUUAUCAAGAUCAGUUUGUUGUCCUGAACAUAUCGGAUGUACAGGCGAAUAAUAUUACUCUCAAGUUGCAGAAUUUCUUUCCGAUAGUGAAGACCAUUUCGAAGCUCGGCUACACAAUUUCAUUAUUCACUCUCAUCAUCGCGUUUUGUAUUUUGGCGACUAUUAAUUUGUCUCCCAUCGGACGUAGGAAAUUGCGAUGCUCGCGGAACAUAUUGCACAUGCAUCUGUUCGUCUCAUUCGUGAUGCGAGCAUUUAUGGCGCUACUCAAGGACCUGCUCUUCGUAUCCGGUAUCGGACUGGCGGAUGCUGUGAUCAAACAUGACGAAGGCUAUUGGAUUAAUGAUACAGAAAACAACUGGCACUGCAAAAUGUUUACCAGCUUGUGGCAAUAUUUUAUUCUGGCCAAUUAUUCCUGGAUCCUGAUGGAGGGUGUAUAUCUACACAAUCUGAUUUUUUUCGCACUCUUCUCCGACGCCAACUCCAGCAUCGCGGUCUACGUUGCUUUUGGAUGGGGUCUGCCAGCUGCAUUUAUCUUACCCUGGGUAGUUACGAGAAUCAUAUAUGAGGACACAUAUUGCUGGACGACCAAUGUGAAGCCACUCUUGUUUCUCUUUAUACGAGUACCUACGAUACUCUCUAUUUUGAUAAAUUUUGUGCUCUUCAUCAACAUCGUGAGAGUACUGCUGGUAAAACUCAAGUCCACCAUGUCGGAGGAAACGCAAAGAUACAAACGGUGGGCUAGAAGUACGUUAGUCUUGGUACCACUCUUUGGAGUUCAUUACGCAUUUUUUAUCGGAAUGUCAUAUAGUAUCGGCGUAAACGAGACUGUAGAAAUCGUAUGGCUCUUCUGUGACCAGCUGUUUGCAUCUUUUCAGGGCUUCUUCGUGGCGGUAUUGUAUUGCUUUCUGAACGGCGAAGUAAGGACUGAAGUGUCCAGGACGCUUCGGAGCAUCAAGUGGACGCGUAUUCAUGGAAAACGAUGGGGUUCACGACCAUCAACACACUCAGUCAGCACAUGCAGCUGUAACAAUAUCUCAAAGUCUGGCAGUCGACACUCAAGGAAACCCAAGUGGUGGAAGUCACGCUGGAAGGCAAAUCCUUGCAUGUUCCAAGAUCAGACCAUCCGUCAGUCCACCCACUCGAUGGCGAGUACACAAGACGUUAGAACGAGAGGAUGUAGUUUAGCGAGCAAUAAAGACUUGGAGAUUGUCGAUAACAAUCAAAUACUGCAAUCGACGAUGCAAGAUCAACAUAUUCAUCACACAUCGCCUCUGUGCAGCAAGUAUACGGAUCAAUCGUUACUCUCCUUCUGCUCGAACUCUGAAGUGUCGGGAAAUAUCGAUAAAAUCCGUGAUCAACAUCGAUGGAGUGACUCGGAAUGCUGCCAUCUCGCAUACGAAUUGCAUAAACUAUAGCAGCAUUAUACCAGUGAUAAUGCUUGGAUUCAAACAUAUAACAAAAUACAUGUCCUGUAAAUGUAUAAUACGCAUUUAAAUGCGUAUAUUAUCCCUGAAAGAAAAUAAAACUGAAGGGAUUUAAAUCUGACAUAAAUUUUCCCACGAAACAGAGAGAGAAAAAAAGAAGAAAUAGAAGUAAAAUUUUAUUCUUUUAUGUAUGUUUUUUAUGUCUUAGAGUAGUUUUUUAUAUAUUAUAAAUGGAAAUUCAGUCUUAUUAAUUCUUCUUUUACAGGAACACAUCGUGUUGUUUAUAUAAUCGUUCAUGUCGUAAUUUAAAUAGUGUAAGCAUAAAUGUACAUGUAUAAUAUGUAUAAAAAAUCAAUAUUCGAUAUUUCAUUAUUUUAAGCAUUUGUUGAAAUGUAUUGGAAUAUUCGAUAAAGUAUCUCGUAUCGAUA